GUAUCAUUGUAUCUUUGUAUCAUUGUAUCUUUGUAUCAUUGUAUUUUUGUAUCAUUAAAUCUUUGUAUUUUUGUAUCAUUGUAUCUUUGUAUCGCUGUUUUUCUGUAUCAUUGUAUCUAUAUAUUGUAUCUAUUCGUUGUGUCUUUGGUUUUGUAUCAUUAUUUCUUUGUAUCACUGUAUCUUUGUACCAUUUGUAUUGUUGUAUUUUUGUAG